UAGCGAGCAUGCCCAGUGCGUCCCUCUCGGCAACAGUGGAAACCGCUGGUGAAGCAUAGGAGUCAUACCAAGCAUAGCCUGCGUGUCAGUGCAGUCGACUUACAGCUGGCUGUGAGGAGAACUGACGCUACUCAUAUUUUUGUAUUAUUUUAUUUCUUUGCGCUUUGUCACCGCUGCAUACUUACCCGUAUUUCAAAAAGUAAACUUACUGAGAUCACUUUCCACACGGGUUAAAUUUUGUUGAGUUUCCACAGAAGUAAAGUUGGAGGCUGGGCCUUUGGCUUUUUUACCGUCGCUUCAGAGGAGAAGGGAGAAAACAAGCUGGUCUUCUUUUUCCCCCCUUUGUUUUUAAUUAAAGCCCGAUAAAUGCUACUAAUGAAAAUGGACCUGUUGAACUACCAGUACCUGGACAAGAUGAACAACAACAUUGGCAUUCUCUGCUACGAAGGUGAGGCAGCUUUAAGAGGAGACCCCAGACUCCUGUCCCUGUCGUCUUCCUCCUCGUCUUCAUCAUCGUCCUCCUCAUCUUCCUCCUCCAGCCACAGGACGGGUCCUCCUCCCAUCAGCCCCACUAAGAGGAAGCUGAGUGGUGAUCAGGGGGACAGCGACAUGGAUGAAAACGAGCACGUGGCAAAGAUGAGUCGACUGUUUGCCGCGCAGCUGAAACCUAAUGGAGAUUAUCGCAGCUCUCCUGGCUCCAAGGACCGCAGCAGGAGCCCCAUCGAACGUGUGGUGGUGCCGGGUGCUCUGGGAGUGCCGAGCAACCACAUGUACAGCCACCCCCAUCACCUCCACCUGGCCAGCUUAGCUACCAUGGACCAGCCACUGGCACUUACCAAAAACAGCAUGGUGGAGUCAGCACGCAGCAACACAGCAGCUAUGGCUAAAGUGCUGCACACAGUCAGCACUGUGGAACGCCAGCAGAAUCGUCCCUCAGUGAUCACAUGCGCCCCAGCAAACAACCGCAACUGCAACCUGUCUCACUGUACAGUCUCCCACAACGGCUGCUCCAACUUCACCAAUAACUACAGGAGAAGCAACACCAAUACAGUGUGCGACCCUGUGAUUGAGGAACAUUUCCGUCGCAGCCUUGGGAAAAACUACAAGGAGCCCGAGCCCACCGCCACCAACUCGGUGUCCAUCACGGGCUCAGUGGAUGACCACUUUGCCAAGGCGCUCGGCGAAACCUGGCUGCAGAUCAAAAACAAAGGGAGUCCCUCGUCAUCUGGCAGCAGCCCAAACUCCUCCCCUGACAGUCGCAUGGUCAAUCACAACCACUCCCCUUCUGUCGUCUCCUGAAGGGGGUGGAUAGACCCCAGUUUUCCCGAUCCUUAUCCUGGCUCUAACAUCCAUGCCCCCAUCACUUUGGUCUGUCACCAGCAUCCCAGAGGGAAUGCUUGUCUGCUGGUCUGCUAAAAAUAUCUAAAACCCUCAAGCCCGCUCUCUCACUGUGCACUCAUAGAGGAUCAAUCGAGCAAUAACAACACAGUCAUUUUUCCCAUCUGUCCUCUGGUAUGCUAAUGCCAGACAAUCAGUAAUGAGUGAUGAGGGUUUAGCCUGGAGCUUAGGUGGAGCAUGAGCUUGCUCCUUCCAGUCAUACAUCAUCCUGCAUGUCAAGCUUGGAGCUGAGCAAGUGUCUGUAGUUAUAUGUAAAUACGGAGAGAACGGAAAAGGAGGUGUUUUAAUUGUUAAUUUUUUUCUUUUCUUCUUUGUUGUUAUUUUUCUUUAACGGUAGUUUUGUGUACUUGCUUCUGCGUUAUGCGAUGCCCGACGUUUCAAAGGAAAGAUGAGCGAGAAACACUUUGGAGAAAAUGAACAUAAACCACCUGACUGUUCUACCAAAGAAACCUCAGACGCUGAUGUUUAUCCAUGCCCACCUCGGAAACAAAACAACAAAAAGCCAUCUUGCAAUCACCUCCCUCUGUUUUUAUCUCCUUUCAUCCUCUCACCUGCCUUCCCCCCCCCCUCACUUUUCCUCUCUCUCUUCUGUGUAUGUGUUCUCGUGGUUUUGUUACUGUAUGUGUAUACUUUAGUGAUCGACUCGGUCUGAUUUGCACUACUGCCGUAGAGAGUAAAGGGUGGCAUGUCAUUUUGCGAUCUGGCACUGAACACACUGGGACGGACGAGGCUGACUUUGACACGAUGGCAUAUUAUUCCAACUUUUGUUGGAAUAGCCAUUUUUGCAUCCCAUCAACUCCUCUCUGAAAUCUACCCGUGCACAUUUCCACCCCAGCGCUGGUAGAAAAGUGUGAACAAGGUCAUUAUCCAUUAUUUAUUGAAAGCAUUUAGGAAAAUGUAAACACGCCUUUAUGGCGUUGGGCAGUAGACGCAUGACUCACAGCAAGCUUUUGACUUUUGAAACUUCAGUAGUGAAGCUGUUAGCUGAAAACACACACAUAGGUGAAAAACAGACACCAGCACUUCACUAAGGAGUGGUUAUAUUGAGAGCUGCAAGUAUUAAUAUAAAUAAAGAGAAAAGUUAUUGGAGGGACUUAAAAAUUUACCAUCCACCAUUAGUCACCAAACCGCUACAUCAUAUUGUGAGAACAAGGUUAUAAGUAGGUUGAAUUAAACACUAGAAUUGCAGCUUGUAGAUUUGGUCUAAUGUGGCCAUAAGAUGUGUAAAUAUGAAUGUUUGUAUGUGGUUUAUACAGAUACCUAAAAAGCAAAAGACCCCUUGGUUUGAUCCUGGUCCUCUGGUAUCGGCUCUACGCACAUCCAGAUUCUUAUUUAAGCAGCGCUGAUUUGUAUCGAACAAUAAAAACUGUUGGCUUUCAGUUUAAGAGCACAGUCAGGUUAAAAAUGAAAAAACCGCCAGCUCCUGUGAUGUUCAUGGCCAUCACAACCGUAAUGAGAGGAGAUUAGGGUUGAAAACACUGACCGAGUGUGUUGAAGGCUGGGCUUUGCCGAACGACGUGCUUUGAUGUGUUUCACGGGCUUAACUGCUGACAGUGAUGAGGGGAUAGAUGACGCUGCACGUCACUUUGUGGUUGAAAGAAAAAAAGUCUGGUUUCUCGACCGGGGGAGAGAAGAUUUUUCAGAUCUCUUCAAACACACCUUUGUUUUUGUUGUUUUUUUUUGGGGGGGGGGGAGGGGGGGUUUGGUCUCUUUGAUCGUGGGUGCAGUAAUUAUAUUUGGCAUACACCCUGCUGUCCUUCCCUCCCUCUCCUACACACUGUGGUUUGGUAGAUUUCUACAAGGUUUUAAGGGUAAAUUAAUGCAUGUUGUUUUGUUUUUUUUGUUUGUUUUUUAAUAGCUGGUAUCUAUUAGUGUUUUUAGCAUUUCAAACAUAACUUUUAUUAGCCUUUUCAUUCAGACGUUAGUUGUUACUUCUUUCGUUGUCAGUAACAGACAUAGACACUAUACACUCACUGCUGGGUCAGUUGUACUCCAUAUUGUUAUUGUUAUUAUUACAAUUUUGUAUUUUUUUGUUUUGUUGUUUUCCAUUACUAGCAGUAUGGUAACAAACAUCUAUAGUGGGACAGCCUCCGGACAGGCUCUGUUAAAUGAUGAGAGCAAUGUUUCCUAAAAUCAUCUCAACCCAGCAGGCGAUCAGCUCAUCCCCGCAGCAGAGUGACGAUCGUCUUGGGGUUUAGUUGGGUUUGGGAUCCAAAGCUCAUUAAGGUUUUCUUAAGAUGUUGAUCCAUCAGUGGUACAGGAUGCUACAAACGUCAGCUUGACUGAGCUGAGACACCACACAAACAGCAAAAAGUCAGCGGGGUCUUGUUUUCUCCAAAAGCAUCUGAGCAUCUAGCCUGUUCAGCUGCCAUCUUAAAGUCACCUUGGCAGGCAUUGGAUGCUUUUGGGAAGCAGGGUUUGUUUACAAGAAGAGUUGGUUCGCGAUGGCUCUCAAACAUCUUGUUGACGCAUAAAAGUGUCUUAAAGUUACGGCACUAAAAAGACCACAUUACGGAAAUAGCAUUGGCAGACCUAGCAGAGAGACGCUAGAGAACAAAACACUUGGCUGAUAAUUAGUUAUCUGAAUUUAUGGUGUGACGUUUCACCUCGCUCAACCUCCAUCAGCUGACUUUUUGUGUUCCGACUUGGUGUCUAGACCUUUUUUAUAAAUAUAUAUAUAAAUACAUAUUUCUCUCUUUCUUUUCUGAACUCAAACUAGAGUGCUGCAGUCUAAGGAAAUGAAUUUUACUCUGCAAAGCAACCUGCGCCAAGGUGGCAUACAUUCCUGCUGUAGGCAACUUUGUACAGGCCUCAAUGCAUUCGCUAUCUUUAUAUCAACAGGCGGAGCUAAUAAGUAGUGAGGGCUACUUGUCCCCAUCCCCUCCCAACAACAUCUCUCGAAUUAAAAGGUGCCCCAUUUGCCUUUUUUAAGAAAUAAAUUGGCCAUAGUGAAGAAUAAAAGAUAAAGAGAGUAAAGGAAGAAUGUAAUUUUAAUUUUUGAGGACAUUUAGUGGUCUGAUUUAGAGAACUUGGGGUCUUACUAGCAGUCAGUGAAAACAUUACUCACCCUGCAUUAAAACUACAGAUUGACUUAAAGUCUCUGAGCUAAGGCAGAUAGGUGGUGAGGUUUUGAUUCGUUGGCUUUGUGUAAUUUGUGUCAAGAAUGGCAAGUACGUACAUUAGAGUUCUGUACCGUGUUCGAAAGCGUCUACACAUUCCAGUCUCAGCUAUCAGACCCUAGAACUAGAUGAUGGAAGUUCUACAAUGUUACCCGAGAUUCACAUUUAACUGGAGUUCUGUCAUGUACUUGUGCUUUCUGUGACCAGUUUCGAGUGGAUUGGGUUGGUGGUUUUUCGCAGGCAGAGUGUUGGGGCGGGAGGCUGAGCUUUCAGAAGCUGAGCUUUUGUAAGCGCGACCUGUGAGUCAGGACAUGUUCACCUGCCACUCAGCGUUGCCUCUCCCCCCACCUCUCAGAUUCAGUCAGCCUGUAUGCAGUCAGUAACAUCGGAACACGAGGGAAAUGGACUCGGUGUCCAGAGGAUUUUGUUUUUCUGUUAUUCUUUAUCGUUAUCAUUUCACUACCACCCUGUAGGUAGGCUCUCUUUAUGCUUUGGCACACACUCCCUACGCACUGUAGGAAAAUCACUUAAUAAAAAAAUACUUUUUUAUAAUAGGUAAACUAUAAGACCAUCAUUACGCUGUGCGUAACGAAUGUACAGAGAAAAAAAAUCGUAGGUAUUUUUUGAGGAACAAUGAAUUUGUUAAUGAUAUGUAGCUAUUUAAUUGUUUUUUCCCUGUCCUUAUAUUGUAAUCAUUGCAUUUUCUUUUUUUUGUGAAAAAGUUGAUCUUUUUUGUUUAUAGAGUUUGUCUUGUUAGAGUAAAGGUUCAAGUGCAGGAGCACAGAAAACGUGUGAAACCACAGUAAGCCACAGGUGUGUCGGUGACAAUCGCUACUUCCAUUGGUCCCCAUGGUGUUCGAUCAUGUGACUUCAGAGACAUUUGAACAAGACUUACCAGUAAGCCAAAACAAAGUUUGUUUUGCGGGCCUUUUGAGCAAUUUGCAUGUUUUGUGUUGUUGGAAGAUUUUGCCUCUAGCCCAUUCUGUCUUGCUUGCCAUUUCCAAAAGAGUUCAUUUUAAAAAUAUAAGCAAAGUCCCCAUUAGUCACGGGCUAGCAGGCAGGUACAAUUUCAAACAGCACGUAAGCAAUAGCAUUUUUUUUUCAUGACUUUUUUCAUCUAUAGAUGGGAAAUGAGUGAAGUAAAACUAUCAGUCAGCAUUUGUUGAAUUUGCUGUUGGAACUGAUGGAACUGUAGAUUUGCGCUGCGGAUCAUCUGCUUUGGUGCCAGUCAGCGAGGCGUAGAUGAUCUAAGAAGCAAAUUAGUUCUGGGGAUGUCACUCCUAAAUAUGUCACCACAGUUUCCAUCUGUUGAAGUCGUUUUGCAUUCUUAAUCAAGUUAACAUGAAAAUCGAACAAAUAAAUCAAAGAGGAGUCGGUCUUUACUCGGACUGCACCACAUUUUCCAGGUCUUUUUUUGAAGUGGAAGUAGCAUGUACUUAAUGGUAGUAAUACUCUGAACUGUAAUAAAAUUUCUAUCAAGAUUUGUGGCUCUGUGUCUCCUACUUAAAAGGUUUUGGCAGGCCACCUUUUUUGUACGUUAAAGUAGCCUUGAUGAACAAUAAAGUGCUUUUAAACCACA